CGGUCUUUGAAGGCCUAGCAGCAGCAUUCAUGGUGAUAUUCGGAAUCAGCAUCGUCGACUACCUAUAGUCCACUCGGUUUCGUUGAAAAAGCGAUUUAUCAGUUGGGGUACUUCCCUCGUCAGUACGGUCAUUGCACAAAUACAAUGUUAUAAGAUUCCAGGUGGCAGCGACGAGCCGAUCAUGUUGACAAUUUCAUUCUUUGUAUGGUACGAUUUUCUCUUCUUUUCUCUUCUCGUCUUAUUUCUCUCUCUAACCUAUAAAUACGAACUAUUUUCGUUAGCGGAGGUACAUUCGGUAGUUAUCUCUUUCUAUUGAAUAAACAUAUGGUCAUUAUCAUCUCACAAACAUCAACUUACUUGGAAUUUUCUGAAUAAUAGUUAUAAAAAUUUGGAAAAGGUAUACCAUACGAAAUGACAACGUUAGAAGUUAUAACUUAUCAUGACGACGUUAGUGCUACAGCGACAAAAGAAUAUCACAUAUUACAAUAUCACACGUCUUAG